AAACGUAGCGCGGCUAUGAUGCGCAUGCGCCAGACUGCAAUAUAACAAGAUGGCUGCGCCCAUGUUACUUCGAAGAAUCCCACAGUUUUUGAAGAUUCAGUUUUGGUUAUAUGGAGAGUCCAGAAUUCCCGAUGCAGUUAAAAAGCCUCUGCUCAUAGCUGGACUGCAGACAAGUUGCACAAGACGACAUCAGUCAUCUGGUCACAUACCAGCUCGGUAUGGGGGUUGGCACACCGUGACGUUAAUUCCUGGCGAUGGAAUCGGCCCAGAGUUAAUGUCUCACGUGAAGGAGGUUUUCAGGCAUGCCGAUGCUCCGAUUGAUUUUGAGGAGUUCACGUUGAGUGGGGAGAGAGAAUCAGUCGAAGGAGAAGGAGUAGAAGACGCAAUAGUAGCCAUCAAGAGGAACGGGACGGCGCUGAAAGGAAACAUCCACACGGAUGUCAACCGAUUUGCUGUCUGUAAAUCGGACAACGUUCGUCUCAGGGUUGGGCUGGACCUGUUUGCCAACGUGAUCCACUGCAAGAGCCUGCCGGGCCUGAAGACCAAACACAGCAACAUUGACAUCACCAUUAUCAGAGAAAACACGGAGGGUGAAUACUCCAGCUUGGAACACGAGAGUGCAAAUGGUGUGGUGGAAAGCCUCAAGAUCAUAACAGCCGAACGGUCAGAGCGCAUCGCCAAGUAUGCAUUUGACUACGCAACCAGGCACAAUCGUAAGAAGGUGACUGCCAUUCACAAGGCCAAUAUCAUGAAACUCGGCGAUGGUCUGUUCCUGGAGAGUUGUCAUAGCAUGUCUAAGCUAUAUCCAAAGAUUGAAUUCAAUGACAUGAUAGUGGACAAUUGCUGUAUGCAGCUCGUGUCCAACCCCAAUCAAUUUGACGUCAUGGUGAUGCCCAAUCUCUAUGGCAACAUCAUCAGCAACAUCGGGGCCGGUCUGGUCGGGGGACCGGGGAUUGUGCCAGGCCAGAACAUUGGAGAGGAAUUCGCUGUCUUUGAAACGGCAACUAGAAACACAGGGAAGACCAUCGCUGGAAAGAAUGUGGCCAAUCCCACUGCCACGCUGCUGGCUGGUUGCUUGCUCCUGAGACAUCUAGGCCUGAACCAACACGCCGAACUCAUCAGUGCUGCCGUCAUGAAAACAGUCACACAGAACAAGGUACAUACGGCCGAUCUGGGAGGCAGCGCAGCUACAUCAGAUGUGGUAGAGGGAGUCAUCCAAGAGAUACAAGCCAUCAAACAAUAAAGUUAUGUGCUUCUUAGAUCAACUGUGAAGAUACCUGCUAUUGUAUUUAUCUUGUUACAAUAUGUAUAAACCUGUACUAUAAAAUGCCUGGUAGUAAACCUAUGAAGAAUUUGCAUGUUAGGAAUUAGCAUUGGAACCAGUAAAAGCACCUGAAAACCCAACAUGUUCUCAUUCAACUUUGGCCACUCACUUUGCACAAGUCUGGAGUAUUAAUAUUUCAGAUAGGAAAUAUAAUUAUAGAUGCUGGGAAAGCCAAGAA